UCAAUCCUUCUUUCUGGACUAUCAUUGUUUACACAUUAGUUAUUGCCACUCCCUUCUUUCAUCAUGAAUCCAAUGCAAUGAACACUUCUAUCAUUACCCCAAACCUAUGCCUCGGUGACGGCAAGACCAUAGUUUCCAAAGAUAAAGGAACCUUUGAACUUGGCUUCUUCACAAAAUCCAACAAACGCUACCUUGGAAUUUGGUACGCCAACAUCACAAUCCAAACCAUUGUGUGGGUGGCGAACGGUGCCAACCCCAUCAACGAUUAUUCCCCUGUUACCCCUCCCAUUUUAGAACUUAAAAGUAAUGGAAGCUUGGUUCUUACUCACAAGAACGUUCUUGUAUGGCAAACAAUCAGCAGUUCCCCGGCAACCGCAGUGCGGAAUCCGGUGGCGGAGCUUCUUGAUUCCGGCAAUCUUGUGAUAAGAGAGGACAAUGACACAAAUCCACAACGCUAUUUGUGGCAGAGCUUUGACUACCCUUCGAAUACAAUGUUGGCAGGGAUGAAACUGGGAUGGGACAUUAGAAGAAAUUUCAACAGGAAGAUCACAGCUUGGAAAACUGAUGAUAAUCCAGCACCAGGUGACUUUUCUUGGAGUGUUAUGCGGUACAACUACCCUGAAGUGUAUAUGACGAAGAGAAGAAGAAAGAUGUACAGAAUUGGACCCUGGAACGGCAUGCGUUUCAGUGGCAUGCCAGAACUGAGAUCCAAUCCAAUAUUUAAUUUCAACUUCGUCUCCACUGCUGAAGAAGUUUACUACACAUGGACCCUCAAGGACCCUUCUCUAACAACCAUCGCAGUGCUUAACCAGAGCGCGGGCGGCCGCCCUCGCUACGUUUGGUCGGAGGCCGAUGAAUCGUGGAGGACUUAUUCAACUUUGCCAGGGGACUAUUGUGAUACCUAUGGACUGUGUGGUCCUAAUGGAUAUUGUAGCAUAACUGCAUCACCAGUGUGUGAGUGUUUGGAAGGGUUUAAGCCCAAGUUUCCCAAAAAGUGGAACUCAAUGGAUUGGUCCCAAGGAUGUGAAAGAAACCAUUCAAUAAGGUGCACUAGUAAUGGUACCAAUGAGGAUGGUGAUGGGUUUGUGCUUUUGCAGGGAUUGAAAGUGCCAGAUACUGAAUAUACUUUGGUGUAUAAGGAUAUUGAUUUGAAUAAAUGUAGAGCCAUGUGCUUGGAAAAUUGUUCAUGCAUGGCUUAUACAAACUCAGAUAUAAGAGGAGGUGGUCAAGGCUGUGUCAUGUGGUUUCAUGAUUUAAUUGAUAUCAAACUGUUUCCUGAUGGUGGACAGGAACUAUACGUCCGACUGCGUGCUUCUGACUUGGGUGCUGAGCAUACACAAAAGAGAAUGAAAAUAAUAGUUGGAACCACUAUUGCCGCAGCACUUAUUUCGGUAACUACUUAUUCUGCCUACAGAUUCAGGAAAAAGAUUGCAGGUAAAAUUAUUCACUUUACUCAGGUCUUUAAAAAUGCUUGCUUCAAUUCUAUAUACAAUCUUACAAAUGAUAUUUCUGCUUUCAGCGAAUUCCCCCCUAUCGUCGACGUCAAAGGCUUUGUCUCCCUUGUUCUCACCCUCGCUCUCUGUUCUCUCGCCGACGAAAAGUCAUCGAAGAUAGAAGAUAAUUAUGAAAGUUAUGUAGAUGAUUUGGAUCUUCCAUUGCUUAAUUAUUCAACAAUUAUGGUUGCUAGUAAUAACUUCUCAGUGAAGAAUAAGAUUGGAGAAGGUGGUUUUGGACCAGUAUAUUUGGGAAAAUUAGCAAAUGAACAAGAAGUUGCUAUAAAGAGACUAUCAAAGAGUUCAAUACAAGGAUUUUCUGAGUUCAUAAAUGAAGUUAAACUAAUUGCAAAACUUCAACAUCGAAAUCUUGUAAAACUUAUUGGUUGUUGCAUUCAAGGACAAGAGAAGAUGCUAGUUUAUGAAUACAUGACCAACGGUAGCUUAGAUUACUUCAUUUUCGAUCAUAGCAAAGGAAAAUUGCUAAACUGGCAAAAGCGCAAUCACAUAAUAGGUGGAAUCGCUAGAGGCCUUAUGUAUCUUCAUCAAGAUUCUCGACUGAGAAUUGUACAUAGAGAUCUUAAAGCGAGUAAUAUUUUACUUGAUCAUAAUUUAAAUUCAAAAAUAUCAGAUUUUGGAAUGGCUAGACUUUUUAGAGGAGAGCAAAACGAAGAAAGUACAAAUAAAAUUGUUGGGACUUUUGGAUACAUGGCACCAGAGUAUGUCCUUGAUGGAUUAUUUUCGGUAAAAUCUGAUGUUUACAGUUUUGGCGUUUUAUUGCUAGAGAUUAUAAGUGGGAAAAAGAAUAGAAGAUCUCAUGCAAAGCAAUCAUCCCUUAACCUCAUUGAUCAUACAUGGGCACUGUGGAAAAUGGGCAAUGCUUUCCAAAUAAUUGACCCAAAUAUUGAAGACUCAUGCAUUGAAUCUGAAGUAUUGCGUUUCAUCCAUAUUGCUCUAUUGUGCGUACAACAUUGUCCAGAAGAUAGACCUAAUAUGACCUCAGUAGUUCUAAUGUUAAGUAGUGAGAUGGAAUUGGAUCAACCUAAAGAGCCUGGUUUUUUCACUAGGAGGAAAAAUGUUGAAGCAAAUUCAUGUACAAGUUACCCAAGUUCAAAUAAUGAAAUUAGCAUAACCUUAUUAACUGGCAGGUGAAAACCAAAGUUAUAAAAUAAUGUAUGUAUAUAUGACUAGGA